AUGAUAUUCAAAAGAUCUUCAUCUACACCUGUUAGGCCUGUUGUCCUUGAUAUUAAGGAACCCGUUUCCCGAUAUCAACAGCCUUUGCCGCUCUCCUCACCUUCGAUCUUGCCUUUUGACAUUGGGACAACAAUUUACAACCCUAAAGAUGGUUCCGCUUUCCAGCUGAUCCAACCACUUGGAAAUGGUUCUUACGCGGUUGUAUAUAUGGUGCGCGAAAGAUCUACUAAUAUGUAUUACGCGCUUAAGUGUCUAUCAAAGGCCAACCUCACCGAUUAUCAAUUGGACGUUCAACGUAAUGAGGUGCUCAUUCAUGAACGGUUGAUGCAUCCCAAUAUAGUAAAGCUCGAACGUUACUUUGAAACACCUGAUUGGCUCUUCUUGGUGCUUGAAUAUUGCGAAGGUCAGGAUCUGUAUUACUGGCUGACACAAAGUAAUGAUAGUAGGGACCCGAAGACGGGGAAAUUAUUAACUGAGGAGGAAAGGAUGGUGAUCAUCAAACAGGUUUUCCUACAGAUACUAGAGGCGGUGGGCUAUUGUCACAGUCGCGGUGUUGCUCACAGAGAUCUCAAACCAGAAAACUUUAUUAUUAUGAUUACUGACCGUGGUAUUCAAGUAAAAUUGACCGAUUUUGGGCUAGCCACCGAUGAAAAUGAAUCCGCUGACUUUGAUUGCGGAUCGAAACCAUAUAUGAGUUACGAAUGUCGUAAUCCCACUCACGAUACUUAUGACCCUCGCCUUGCUGACAUAUGGUCACUUGGUGUCAUUUUCCUCAACUUGAUCUACCAUCGUUCACCAUGGUCUGACCCCAAUCCUGAACAAUGUAAAUCCUUCGCUACGUUCAAUCUUGAUAAAUCCGAUUUUCUGAUCCACCGUUUCAUGGGUAUGCCGGAAAAGGUUGCUCACUUUUUAGCAAAACGUGUUUUCUGUAAUGCAGAAGAAGGUCGCGUUAGCAUCAAAGAAUGGAUUUAUUGGUGUCGUAACAUGGUUGAAAAGAUGUUCCAGGUGGAAGAUGAUGAUGCUAUUGUUCCACAACCCUUGCCCAUUACAUCUUCAUCAGUUCCUAACAAAAGUUCUCAUGAUCAAAACGACUAUGACCGCAAUGAUUCCUGGUCAGAGGUUUUCAGCGAAUUCGAUAACGAAAUGGAUUUCACUGCACCUGUACUGUUCACUGAUAAACAUCUCAACAAUGUUUCCAUGGAUAAAUCAAUUGCUGCUGCUUCCACUACCGUUGCUUCGGAAUCAGUUAAAGCCGAAUCAAAUAGUGAUGACGUUGGACCGCAAGAAGAGAGUAAAGGAGACGAUGAAUACACUGCCGACGUGAUCGCCAACAAUAGUGAUGCCGACUCUGGAUUUGGUACUGAUGAAGAGAUCAGUGCUAAUAUUAUGACUGGUCCAUGCGAUAGUAAUUCUUCCAAGACACCCUUAUCUGUGUCUCCGCCCAAGGUUAUAUAUUGCAAGCCCAAGCCAUGGGGUGAACAGAAAACUCGAGGUCACCAGCGAAAGUCAUCUCUGGAAAAUGGUUCUAAUUUUACCCCCAAUAAUAGCCAUUGGACUUCUUACAAUCAACGCAGGGAACGUCUGGAACAGCGACGAAAGGAAUUGCAGCAGCCCUCAUCGGGAGCUAACCGACGUCGCGGUUCAUAUUCAGUUGAAGAGGAAGCCUCCACUUCCCGUUAUAAUAUGGAUUACGCGCAGACUCGCCGACAAAGACCACUUCACCCUUCGCACUUGAACCAUGACAAGAACCUUGAUAACAAUACCAUGCAACCGGCUUAUAAAAAAGAAUUAUCACCUCAAAAGUCACAAUCCCCCACGCAAAAAUUGAUCUAUGUUCCUCCGAUGGUUAAUUUAUCCUCGCAACAAAAACCGCCCUAUAACUCAACGUCACAAGCUACUUCAAUGAAAUCUUCCGCUGGAGAAAAUGCCGCGACCCCCUACAGACGUGUUUCCUCGAAGUCUACUGAGAAAACUCCUAAGAAAGUCGCGAGAUCUACCAAGAAUCACUUGAGCAAGAUGUUGGCAGGGGUAGUGAUGUUCAAUCGUGGUAUUAAAGUUGGUGGACAAGACUUCGGUAGUGUUUGA